AUGCCUCCUCCGACACCUCCUACAAAAUUGAAGGACCAUUGCUCGAUCAUACACAACAACGUGCUUUACGUCUAUUCCCCUGACGCGCUGCAAUCGCUUGCUUUGCAAAAGAAUGCGACAUGGAGCGAAGAACCAAUGGGGAUAUCUGUGACAGGAGCAACAUGUGUCCUAGGAGGUAUUGAUGGAGAUCACACCAAGGCUGCGCUAUAUGUGGUUGGUGGCUCCGCCAAUUCUUCUUCUACACAGUACCCGGGGCUGCAACGAUAUUCAAUACAAGAAAAGAGAUGGGACAACAUCAGUCCUGUCACUCGCGUCACCCAAAAUCGUAAACAUCAUGGUUCCGCCUUUCUGAAUGCUUCUUCUUCCAUCCUUGUUUAUGGUGGCUCCCAGGAUGGGGACAACAACCCUUCGACUCAAACAUUUUUGAUCGAAACAUGGCCUCCGUACAAUGUGCGAUCAUUCAACUCACUUGCACCACCCGUGGUAGAACCGAUCAUGUUGGCCUGGGCGGAUAAUCGUGCUGCCAUGGUCGGAGGCAGCCCGACCAACAACCAGGUUUUUACAUUUGGACCUGACGAUGGUUGGGCAGAUGCGGGAGUUGCUUUAACGCAGCCACUACCGAGUGGCUCUAUAUCACAGAGUGCGUUGCUGAGUUUGGCUGAUGAGAGCAAAAUUCUAGUCACGUUCGACAUGGGUCAAUCACCCAACAGGGUCUCAGAGACUGUGCUUCUAAACCCAGGAGGACAACCAGCGCAAUCUGGCCAGGCAGUGGGAAACAUCGACAAGCCGUUGAGAUCACGAAAAAGAGAGGUCACACUCGGUACAUUCCCCCAGUAUAAUGAUAGCCUGGCUCCGAGAACGAUCAGAAGCGAUGUUUCGUUGGCACAGGAUUCCGAUGGGCUUGUUGUCAUCAGUGGUGGCAAUGAUCAGGAUCCUCUAUCAAUAUUCAACGCCGCCGAGAACCAAUGGGUAGAUGCAACGGAGUUGCUCGGUGAGCAACCACAGAUUCCGUUGACUGGAUCACCUACACCGUCUAUUUCGAUACCCACAGCAUCUGCGUCGUCCACAUCAGCGCCCACUGGUGGGACAUCGAGGUCUCGUCCACUGACUAUACUCGGCGCUGUCCUAGGGUCCACGUGUGGUAUUGCAGCAAUAUUGAUCAUUGCCCUUCUACUCCUCAGGUGGAAGAAACACAAGAGCAAGAAGAACCCGAAGCGUCGAGAUUCUAGGUUUCUGAACAACAAACAGCGCAAAGAUAGUCGUCUGAGCUUCGAAGAUCAAGGGCUCAGACCUAUACGACCAGCCGCCGAGCCUAUGGGUCACAGCGUAGCACCCUCGACCGAUGAUCUGACUUUGGUGGGAGGAAAAGGGUCACAUUCUCGAAAAUCAAGCUCAAUGAGCAACCGACUCAAGCUUGAUCCACAGCGAGCAAGCAAUCUGAGCUUCGGACAGGGCAUGUUCUCGCGAAACAAGAGUCCACUAGCUAUCUCCCGCCCCAUCCCCCAUGAACAAAGCGCAGUGUUUCAAGAACGGCUAAGUACAGGUGGAGUUCGACCGCCUCCGAACCCUACUACACUGGAUCCGAUAGGCUCACAUCGCAAAAAUGACUCGGGAUGGUCCACAUAUUUCUCUGGAAAUACUGCUAUGGAUGUUGGACAGAACCGACAUACCAUAGAAUCUCGAACUUCUCAAGGAUCAGCCGGUCAACGAGGCAGCUACUGGCCUGACCCUGCCGCUCCCGUUGCGAAGCUGAGGACGGCUAAUCCGGGCUUGACGGACAGCAACGGCAAUCAGUUGGAAAGGUUGACCGUGCCAAAGGGCAGUCCGUCUAUAGGUUACAGCGGUUUCGAUGGAGACGGACACCGUGUAGCUGUGGCAGAAGGAAUUCCUGCUAAGAUCUCCAACACAGACUCUAUGGGCACUGCCAUCACCGAGGAUUAUGACCUUGGCCACCCUGUCAACCACGAAAAGAAUGUUGGAAGCGGCUAUCCAAGCAGCCAACCUCCAGGCAAUUACGAGUGGGCUUUUCAAGAUAGCUCAUGGUCCAGCCCUCCCCAACGACUUGUGCGAUCUCCUAGCAGCAUCUACACAAAUAGCAUACAUCCACCCAACGUUACAUCACCUCCAAGCCAGGAUUGGUCAAAAUCUUCGAUCAGGCCAGUCACGCAAUGGCCUAACGACGUUACAGCCUUCCCCACCGUGCCUAUCUUUACACCUGGAACCUCUAAAGGGCCAACCAUUCCUGCUCGUGCUGGUCAUCCAGCUAAAGAAAUUCGUGACUACUUUGGCUCCAGCAAACGUCGAGAGCCCUCGCAGAACGACAUGUCCUGGCUCAAUCUGAACGGCAAUGGAAAUGGAAAUAGAAACGGCAAUGGCAGCGGCAAUGGUUGA